AUGAUAAAGAAAACGUCACCGUCCGAAAACGAGUUUGACAUCCCGGCCAAAAACUGCCGCAGGAUGGUCAUCUUAGGCUCCACAAAGGUGGGCAAAACAGCCAUCGUGUCUCGCUUUCUGAAUAAGAGGUUUGAUGAGCAGUACACUCCAACCAUUGAGGAUUUCCACAGGAAGAUCUACAGCAUCCGAGGAGACGUUUAUCAGCUGGACAUAUUAGACACUUCUGGAAACCAUCCUUUUCCCGCCAUGAGGAGACUCUCUAUCCUGACAGGUGAUGUCUUCAUCCUUGUGUUCAGUCUGGAUAACAGAGACUCCUUCCAUGAAGUGCAGCAUCUGAAGAAACAGAUCUUUGAGACCAAGUCCUGUCUAAAGAACAAGACCAAAGAGGACGCAGAUGUUCCGCUCGUCAUCUGUGGGAACAAAUGCGACCGAGACUUUUACCGGGAGGUUAAGGAGGAGGAGAUCGAGCAGCUGUUCGGAGGAGACAAGUGCGCGUACUUUGAGAUCUCCGCGAAACGCAACACGAACGUGGAAAUAAUGUUCCAGACUCUCUUCAACAUGGCCAAACUGCCCAACGAGAUGAGUCCCGACCAGCACCGCCAAGUCUCGGUGCAGUAUUGCGACGUUUUACAUAGAAAGUCCUUCAGAAAUAAGAAGUUGCGGAACGGGGACGGGGACGCGUACGGUAUCUUGGCAACGUUCGCGAGAAGGCCGAGCGUGCACAGUGACUUAAUGUACAUAAAAGAGAAAGCGAUCGGUGGCUGUCAGGGGAAAGAUAAAGACAGGUGUGUCAUCUGCUGAAGGACUUCUUAAAGAUGACAGUCAGAUCUGCACACGCUUGAAUGUGGUACCACGGCCAGAGAGCUCCGCUGCUUCAGCACUAUAGCGGGAAGAGCGCGUGAUGACCUCACGAGAGUCCGUCCGCUCAAAUGUGCUGCAACUGUAGAGAUCGGCAUUUAGAGAGGGGAUCAUUCACCGGCCGGCGAGCUGGA